AUGUUUGAUUAUUUAUUUUUAAUUGUAGAUACAAAUCUGAAUGUACCUUCCACAAACACUUUGAUAACUCAAUCAAGUGCUGGUCAAAGCUCAAGUUUUCAACAAAAUUUAGAUCUGCAUUCACUACCACUGAAAACCAUAUUUUACUUUUAUUGUAUUAAAUGUUAUAUUGUAGAUACAAAUCUGAAUGUACCUCCCACAAACACUUUCAUAACUCAAUCAAGUGCUGGUCAAAGCUCAAGUUUUCAACAAAAUUUAGAUGAAGCUGCAUUCACUACCACUGAAAAUACAAAUCUGAAUGUACCUUCCACAAACACUUUGAUAACUCAAUCAAGUGCUGGUCAAAGCUCAAGUUUUCAACAAAAUUUAGAUGAAGCUGCAUUCACUACCACUGAAAAUACAAAUCUGAAUGUACCUUCCACAAACACUUUGAUAACUCAAUCAAGUGCUGGUCAAAGCUCAAGUUUUCAACAAAAUGUAAAUGUAGAUGCACAGGCUUGGUUCACUGACACUGAAAAUACAAAUCUGAUUGUACCUUCCACAAACACUUCCUGUGCUGGUGAAAGUACAAUAAAUAUUGCAAAUGCUUUAAUUGACUUACAUCACAGUCAUAGUCCUCAAUUUAUAAAUAGCCAGAAAGGAAAACCUCUGUUAUUUUAUAACAUGUUUUUAUAUAGAAUUGAUCACCAUAAAGAUUUGAUUAGUUAUUAUAAGUGUAGAAAUAUUAGUUGCAAAGGAAGAUGCAAAUAUGAUGGUAUUUAUACGAUGACUUGUGGGCAUUGUCAUCAACAUGAUACAUAUAUAUAUGAAAAACUUAGUACUAAAGAGGUGAUUGAAAUUUUAGUGGCCAAAAAUCCUCAGGUUUAUGAUAAGGCAAUGCAGAUUAGAUUCUCGGAGUGCUUGGAUAUUGCAGAAUAUCCAGAGGCUAUUCCAUCAUUUGUAUCCUUCAAAACCACAAUUGAUAGGAUAUUAAAAAAGUAUCGACCUGUGUUACCUUAUGCUGUGGAGGAAAUUAUUUUAACCCCUGUUUACUUUAAAUAUGCGGGGGGAACAAUUCCUAAUUUAUAGUGAUAAUAAUAAAUUAAUAAUGUUUGGAACAGCAUCUAUGCUGAGAUUAGCAGAGAGAGAGCUGAUAAUAUAUAUGGAUGGAACAUUUUAUUCUGCUCCUAGCUUAUAUUAUCAGCUCUAUGUUAUUCAUGUAAUGUUUCAAAAGGUCAUGAUACCUAUUGUGUAUGCUCUUUUGCCAAACAAAAAUAAGGAGACAUAUACAAAGGUAUUCAGAGUCCUUGUGGAAUUUUGUGCAGAAAAUAACAUAUGGUUUAAUCCUUCUAUUUCCCAGACGGAUUAUGAAAUCGCCGCGAUUUCAGCUCUUAAGGAUGUAUUUCCAACCAUGUCCAUAAAAGGAUGUUAUUUACACUACUCACAAGCUAUAUGGCGCAAAUGCCAAACAUUGGGGUUGUCUGGGUCAUACAUGGGACAUUCGGAUGUACAUAAAGUAGUCCGAAAAAUGAGCACCCUCCUAUUCUGUAGGGAGGAACAUGUAGCAUUGCUACGUGAUACUUGCUAUCAAAUGGCUGCCAAUGAUACCCUGCUCUCAAGCUUUAUGAUGUAUAUGGAUACAAUUUGGCUUGGGGAUAGACCACUAUUUCCUUAUACAUUAUGGUCAAGGUAUAGAGUAGCAGGACCUCGCACUAAUAAUCACUUAGAAGGGUUCCACCAUGCCCUUAACCGAAAAAUCUCUUACGCUCACCCUAAUAUUUAUACAUUAUUAAAAAUUUUAAUAAAUUACCAAAAUAUAAAUGAUCUAAAGCUUAUUCAGAUAAGUAAUGGGUCAACUGUGAAUCGUAUUAAUUACGCAUAUGAAAUAAAGGAUCGGAAGAUCGCUAACAACCAAUAUUUAUGAAGGAACCGAAGAUGUUUUAACAUUUUUGGGUGAAAUUUCUAAAAUUGUUAAAUUAAAAUGUUAGAUUUAUAUUUUAUUUAUAAACAUUAUACUCGGCAUAUAUAUCGCAAUUUGUUCAAUUAAAUAUUCUUAAUACGUAUACCUUUAUAAAUGUCACCGUUUUAUUUUUAAGUGCAAAUAUAUAAUGUAAACAAUUAAUCAAAUAACUAUCCAUACAAUUAAAAUGUAAAUAAUAAAUAUUGGUGAGUUUUAUAUAAA